AUGAAGAGGUCGGGUCUACAUAAAGGCACUCUUCAUUGUAAACAUCCCAGACCUGACCUGACCUACGUCAAAGACCUUAAGCUGGUGGUCAAUAAGACGAGAGUUCGGACGCAGGGAGAGUUUAAGUCCUGUAAGUACCGAGAGAUCUUUCGGCAGGAAACCAAUGAAAACAGCUACACGCUGGGCGAGUGGAGCAGGCCUUUCACGUCCUCCGUCAUGUUGCCUGAGCACACGGAGUUUCUGCUGGCUGUCUGUACAGACGUAGAUGGGCUCGAGUUGUCCAGAAGCUACCACACAGUCGUCCCAGUCUGGAGCAAACUGGCCCAGUUAGAGGCCAUUCGCCAGAGAAAACGUCUAGUGGAGACUGAACCUAAGGAAACGCUGAACGUGAUCAUGGUCGGGCUUGACGGAGUCUCUCGACAUCAGUUCCUCAGGAGCAUGAACAGGACGCGCUCGUUCUUAAUGGACGAGAUGACGUCCUUUGACAUGAGUAUGUACACGCAGUUGGGAGUCAACACUUUCCCCAACUUCCUGCCGUUGCUCACAGGCAAACUCGAGCAGGAAGUUCGGUCGUGGUGGCAGGAUACUGACCACGCUGACGUCAUGGACAUUCUCUGGCAGGAGUUUGAGAGUGCCGGGUACCGGACAAUGUACACAGAGGACUGGCCGUCGGUCGGUGCUUUCCAUUACUUGAAGAAAGGCUUCAUGGCCCCGCCCACCACCUACUACAGUCACGUGAUAAGUUUAGCCAUGGACAUGGACAAGGAGAUGAGCUCACACAACAAAUGGUGCGUUGGCAACCGCGCAGAGAUCGAUUUCCACUUGAACUAUGUGGAGCAAAUGUUCGAUACCGUCAAAACGGGGCCGCUCUUCGCUUUAGUGUUUAACACUAAGCUGACGCACGACGACAUGACUAACGCCAUUAUGGCAGACGAGCACAUGUACAGGUUCUACAGGUCCCUGCAGCAAAAAGGUCACCUGAACAACACGCUGCUGCUGACCUUCUCUGACCACGGGCCGAGAUGGGGCGCCAUCAGGGCCAGCAUGAAUGGGAUGGUAGAAAGCCGAACACCUUACGCCAUCUUCACCUUCCCCCAGUGGUUCCUGGACAAAUACCCGGAUGUGGCGCAGAACCUGAAGACCAACACUGGCCGCCUGACCUCGCACUUUGACACCCACGCAACUCUCCAGGACCUGCUCUACUUCAAGGCCAGCGGUGUCCGCCCCUUCACCCCAGGAAAACAUGGCAUAAGUCUGUUCCGGGAAAUCCCGCUGAACCGCACGUGCGAUGACGUGCCGAUCCCCGUGGAGUUCUGUGUCUGCAACCAGCAACAGAUGGAGCAGCUGCCUACAAACUCCAGUCUGGCUCUAGGCUUCGCUCAGCUCGUCCUUAACUCGAUCAACUGGAAGAGAAACGCCAGCAUCUGUCUGGAGUUCAAGCUGACUGAAGUUGUACAGGUCGUUCAACUUCACCUGCCCCGUAGCGGUGUCGAAACUCGCUUAUUCAAGGUCAAGAUCCUGACCUCGCCGGGGGACGCUGUGUUUGAAGGGACGAUUGCAGCAGACGGCGAUGACGACACAGUCCAGCUGACAUUAGACGGGGUUUUGACGCAUCAGCCGACCCGCGCGGCGCUUAGUGUUGGCGACACAGUUGAGCGUCUGACGUUCUACGCCGGUCAGGCCAACUGUGAAACGCAGGCUGCCAGACGCCCAUUUUGUUUCUGUAAGGAUGUCCACAGCAAUGUCACAAACACACAAGAUGAAAGAGAUGUCACAAACACACAAGAUGACAGAGAUGUCACAAACACACAAGAUGACAGAGAUGUCACAAACACACAAGAUGACACAAACACUCGAGAUGACACAAACACUCGAGAUGCCACAAACAUUCGAGAUGACAGAGAUGCCACAAACAUUCGAGAUGACAGAGAUGCUAGAAACACUCAACAUAAAACACACAUAAACAAACAACUAAGCGGCCCCAGAAGACACUGA